AGAAAAAACAUCGCACAGGACGUUACAUCGCCGUCGGGGCAUUUCUAAUAGUCACGUUGCUAACUCUCCAUCACGUGCUCUUGAGAGACGCUUCUAAAAUAGCUGGAAUAUUCGUACCCACUAUCAUAAUGGGCUGUUACAUUCUAUGGAUUGCCUACUCAGCUCGGAGAGAUAAGCUCAAGGUUCGGCGACGUAGAGCGGCCUUGGCGAUGCAGCUGACGGAAGUGAUUGUUAACAAGCCACCAGGAUCAAAAUCAGCAUCAGUAACAGCAGCAACACCCGGUGAUAAAGGAAAAGGAAGUGGUGAGGCUGCCAAAGGAGGAGCUGUUGCUGGUAUUAGGACACCUCAGGAGAACCCGGGGCUGACAGUAAAGCACAACACUGUGCUGACAAGUGUGCAUGAGAGGCCGGUGGUUUUGUCCAGAGUUGAUUCUGAUGGGCAUGGAAGCUCGGAAAAAAGUUUAGACUCAAUUUAA